AACGAUGUUGUUAAAGGUGUUAACUCUGAACUGUUGGGGAGUCCCAUUACCAAUUGCCAGUAAACUGAGAAAUGAAAGAAUGAAUGCCAUUGGGGAUGAGUUGUCCAAAGGAGAAUAUGAUAUCAUUUUAUGUCAGGAGAUUUGGGCCAAAGCAGAUUAUGAAUUGUUGAAAACGAAGAUAUCUCAAUCACUUAAAUAUUCUCAUUAUUUCUACAGUGGUGCAAUAGGAAGUGGUUUAUGUCUAUUUUCCAAGCUACCUAUCCUGGAAUCCUUUUACCAUAGUUUUACAUUGAAUGGUUAUGCACAUAAAAUACAUCAUGGUGAUUGGUUUGGUGGGAAAGGCCUUGGUAUGUGCAGACUGAAGUAUAAUGAUAUCAGAAUUAACCUCUUUUGUACGCAUCUGCAUGCAGAAUAUGAUUGUGAUGAUGAUGAGUAUGCUGCCCACAGAGUGUCGCAGGCAUUUGAGAUGAGUCAAUUCAUCAAGUUAACAUCUAGCCCAGAUAACUGUGAUCUAGUCAUAGUAGGUGGAGACUUCAAUGUCAAACCAGAAUCUCUGGGAUUUCAGAUUAUACAAAAUAAUGGACAGCUCUUGGAUAGCUGGAUAACAAAGAAAUCCACAAAAAGUCCAGGAAUUGGAAACACAUGUGAUCUACCAUCUAACCCCUUUACUGGCAAGAAAGCACUAAAAUUUGACCCAGAAGGAAAGAGAAUCGAUUAUGUUUUGUAUAGGUGCAAUAAAGGUACUUCUGUUACAGUAGAAGAAUGCAAUGUUACUAUGGGAACGAUACCAGACAGGAAGUAUCCUUAUACUGAUCAUGAAGGGGUAGCUGCAAUAUUUAAUGUUGAAAAGACUGAAAGCUCUAACGGUACAGAAGCAAUCAGGGCAAAUACAAUUGAGGGAAACGUAAACACAUGUCUUACUGCAAUAGAAAAAGGACUGAAGAAAGCAUCUAGUGAUUGUACUUUCUAUACUAUCCUGGCUGUCAUGUCAGUCUUUCUGUUAUACAUCAUAUCAUCCGUAGAAGUCCCAUACGGUCUAGGACUAGUAAGAGGUUUUGUACUUGUUAUACUUACCUUGACUUUUGGGUAUGCUAUAUGGAGCCGUCUGAUUCUAAAUAAAAUGGAGGAAAAUGGACUUAUAAAUUCUCAGAAAGAUAUGGAAAAUUAUUUAUUGCUUCUACAAACUGAGUUGAAAACAUCUUAAUACAUUAAAUUCAUUUUCUCUUUACUUUAUCUGCUUCUGAGGUAUUUAUUUUUUGUAUGCCUUUUAUCCUAAUGUGCAAAUGUAUGUCUUUCAUUUAUAACUUUUUAUCUCUUUAUGAUCAGGUAGUUAGGGACCAAAUCUAGGGGAAAUAUUUUAAUAUGCAAAUGUAAAAGAAAAUUUAUUAUUCAGAUUAAUAAUUUGUUGAAAUAAUUGUAUAUUUAUGUGAUAAACUAUUUCAUAUGA